CCGACUUCCUCCUUCAGCUGAAGAGCAAGUCAAAGCUGCUGUUGCAAUGGCAAAGCUAAUUCUGCUGUGGCUGAAAUGUAUUCUUUUAUGCGCCACUGUCGAGGCUGUGUUUGAGGAUCAAGUAGGAAAAUUUGACUGGAGGCAGCAGUAUGUAGGCAAGGUUCGCUUUUCUCAUUUCGACACACAUGUGCAGUCAUCCAAAAAGGUGGUCGUUGCAACAGAGAGGAACGUUUUUGCUGCCCUCAAUACCAGGACCGGAGAACUUUUCUGGCGACAUGUCGAUAAGGCUGGGUCAGAGGGAACCAUUGACGCUCUGCUGCAACACGGACAAGAUGCGGUGCUGGUGGUCGGUAAUGGCCGCGUGCUGCGCUCCUGGGACGUCAAUGUUGGUGGUUUGAACUGGGAAAUUGUGCUUGACUCUGGCAGUUUUCAGUCAGCAUGUUUAGUUGGACAGCAAGAUAUGGUAAAACACGUGGCUGUUUUAAAGAAAACUGCCAUCUCGCUCCAUUAUCUGUCUAAUGGACAUCAAAAAUGGAUCGAGAAUCUACCAGACAUUGAAACCGUGGAUUACCAGGCUGUAUAUUCUGAUGGAAAUGGUGAAGUUUAUGUGUUGGGAGUUGUUCCCCAUUCCCACAUCGCUAUUGUUGUUUAUAGUAUAGAGGAUGGAGAGAUAAUCAAACAGAUCUCGGUCGAAGCACCGUGGCUGUCCAACAUACAGGCCAGCUGUGUAGUGGUCGGCCAGGGGAUGCUGACUUGUGUAGACUCUGCAGCUAUGUCUUUCUACAUGCUUGACGUCCACCUACAGUUACAGAUGACCCAGAUUCCCCUGCAGUCUCUAGCGCUUGAAGUAGACCCAGGAUUUAAUCCGGUGCUGUUGUCACACCAGCCCAACCCAGCCCGUCAGCCGCUGUCAGAGUUCUUCCUUCAGCUCGGCCCUGACCACUACCAGCUUCUUCAGCUCAACGAUGGCCAGAUAGUUACAAUGAGGGACUUCAAGCCGGCCUUGCUGGUUUCCUUUGCAACCACUGGAGAGAAGACUGUGGCUGCUGUCAUGUCACCCAAGAAUAAAACUGCUUGUAGUGUUAACCUCUUUAGUGCUGACACUGGACGCAGACUUCUAGACACCACACUGAUUUUUAAUAUGGAUCCAAAUGGUGGGAAACCAGAGAAGCUCUUUGUGCAGCCGUUCUUGAAGAAGGAUGACUCUGUCGGCUACAGGGCCAUGGUGCAGACAGAAGACCACACACUCACUUUCAUACAACAGCCAGGGCGUGUAAUGUGGACAAGAGAGGAGGCCCUGUCAGAUGUGGUGACAAUGGAAAUGGUGGAUCUGCCCCUCACUGGAACGCAGGCUGAGCUGGAGGGAGAGUUUGGCAAAAAGGCUGAUGGGCUGAUGUCUAUGGUGUUGAAGAGGCUGUCCUCUCAGCUCAUCCUGCUGCAGGCCUGGAUCGCUCACCUGUGGAAGCUGUUCUAUGAUGCGCGAAAACCCCGCAGUCAAGUAAAAAAUGACAUCACCAUUGAGAACUUGUCCAGGGAUGAGUUCAACUUGCAGAAGAUGAUGGUUAUGGUUACCGCAUCUGGGAAGCUCUUUGGGAUUGACAGUAAGACCGGCAGUAUCUUGUGGAGGCACUACCUGGACAACGUCCCAUCUAAUGCAGCUUUCAAACUAAUGGUGCAACGGACGACUGCACACUUCCCUCAUCCACCGCAGUGCACACUACUCAUCAAAGACAAGGACACAGGUCUGGCAACACUACAUGUAUUUAACCCCAUCUUUGGCAAGAAGAGUCAUGUCACGCCACCCGCUCUACCUCAGCCAAUACUUCAGUCACUCAUGCUGCCUCUCAUGGACCAGGAUUAUGCGAAGGUCUUGCUUCUCGUUGAUGACCAGUACAAGGUGUCUGCCUUUCCGUCUACAAAGAAUGUACUGCAGCAGCUCCAGGAAAUGGCCUCCUCCAUAUUCUUUUAUCUGGUUGAUUCCAGUCAGGGAAGACUUUCUGGUUACAGACUAAGAACGGACCUGUCAACUGAGCAGAUCUGGGAGGUCGUCAUUCCAGCUGAGAUACAGAAGAUCGUUUCUGUCAAAGGGAAGAGGCCCAAUGAGCAUGUGCACUCGCAGGGCAGAGUAAUGGGAGAUCGUAGUGUCCUCUACAAGUACCUGAACCCCAAUCUCCUGGCUGUGGUGACUGAGAGCACAGACCUGCAUCAGGAGCGCAGCUUCAUCGGGAUCCUCCUGAUUGAUGGCGUCACCGGUCGCAUCAUCCACGAGGCCGUUCAGAGGAAAGCCAGAGGCCCGGUGCAUGUUGUGCACUCUGAAAACUGGGUUGUGUAUGAGUACUGGAGCACCAAGUCUCGCAGGAAUGAGUUCUCUGUGAUUGAACUAUAUGAAGGAAUGGAGCUCUACAACAGCACCGUGUUCAGCUCUCUCGAUCGGCCACAUGCUCCUCAGGUGCUUCAGCAGUCUUACAUUUUCCCCUCCUCCAUCUCCACCAUGGAGGCCACCCUGACUGAGAAGGGCAUCACCAGCCGCCAUCUGCUCAUUGGUUUGCCAUCUGGAGGGAUUUUGUCAUUACCAAAGAUGUUCCUCGACCCACGCAGGCCCGAAAUAGUAUCUGAGCAAAGCCGUGAAGAGAACUUGAUACCGUACGCACCAGAGCUGCUGAUCCGUACUGAGUGGUUCAUCAACUACAAUCAGACUGUAUCAAGAGUACGAGGAAUUUACACUGCUCCCUCUGGACUGGAAUCAACCUGCCUGGUGGUGGCAUAUGGUCUCGACAUCUACCAGACGCGCGUGUAUCCCUCGAAGCAGUUCGACGUGCUCAAAGACGACUAUGACUACAUGCUGAUCAGUAGCGUACUUUUUGCCCUUUUCUUUGCCACCAUGAUCAGCAAACGCCUGGCAGAAGUCAAACUGCUCAACCGGGCCUGGCGGUAAACCGAUCGUCAGAAUCCCGUAUCUGACAGCCCCGCGGCUGCACGAAGGACCUCAGCCCGAGGAGAUGAGACCGCUGAGGCCGAGCCUGUAGAAGAACACAGGUCAAAGUUCAAUAAGGCCCAUAAGGAACUGCUGGGGUGAGGGGACAGCGGGGAGGGGGUGAAAGCAGGGGUUAGUCAAGGUUUUAAUGUGUUUUUUAACUUAUUUUGCAAAAACAAGAAAUAAUUUCCUAGUUGAAUAACUGUUCUUUUGUGCCACGUCAUUUUGAUUAAAUGUUUAACACAUAACUAAUUACAAAUGAAUGAAACGAACUCGAAUUUAUGGAACUGUGGAGUUUAAAAAUUCCUAUACACGUGAAAGUUAGGAUCUUAAGUCAUGUAAGUUUUCCCAAGAUUACUUUUGAGACAUUUCUGCAUCAUCAGACUGAUCUAAUGGUAAGUGAUAAUAAGUGUGGAAAUCAGAGAAUAGAAAUCGAUAUAUGCGAGCAUGAUAUGGUUCAAUACCACAGUUGAAUGGUUUGUGUUUUGAGCCUGCUGAAUCACUCACUGAUACUAUAAUGCCAUUUUGAUUCGAUGGCAAACGAACUGUGAAUACGAAACGUGAGGUGAUGUUGUAGCAUGGACAAGAAAUGGGCUUUUCUGAAGACUCUCCCACUGAAGGCACUGUCGCACCGUUUCCUCCAUCAUACGCUUGAACAAGGAAAUUGACCAACAGUAGCCUUCAUUUUAUGUGCACCAGUCAUCCUGCAGCUCAUAUGUUCGUGAGCAGUUUUGAUCCGCCAUCGGCUACUGUUGAUGCUCCAUUAAAAGUUCUCUCACAACUC